GCCGGAGGUGCGGCGUCAGAUCUGUUCGACUGUGAUCGCCUUCUACAGCCGCGACAAGCACAAACACCGCUCUGACGGCCUGUCUCCCGCUCGUCUGGACUACAGGGCUCUGAUGCUGGAGCGCAGUGGUGUUUCUGAGACGCUGGUGAUGUCUCUGGCUCUGAUGGAGGAGCAGCUUCCGGUCAAACUGUGUCUCCUGCAGACGCUGCAGAUCCUGUCCAGAGCAUCAGAAGUCAACUGUAACCUGAUGCUGAGAGCUCAGGCCGCGCAGAAGAUCUGCUUCCACAUGAGCGAAGGAGAUCCGUCCGGAGAGCUGCUCUUCAGAUCCUCCGAGAUCCUGUGGAACCUGCUGGAGAACGGCUCCCGACAGGAAGUGACCUCACAGCUCAGCAGCAGCGACUGCAUCGCAUCUCUGAAGGACGUGUUUCUCCAUCUGCUCCUGAAGGGUUUCCGUCAUCACGAGCGUCAGCUGAGGAACGACCUGCUGGUGCUGCUGUCUCUGAUCGCGGAGAAGCCCGGCACUCCUCUGAUCGAGAGCGGCUUCCUCAAGCAUCUCACGCCGUUCCUCACGUUUCCCGAGCUGAAGAGCCACAAUCCUCUGGUGAGAAACCUCAAGCUGUCCUUCAGCCAGGAGGACUUUGAGAUGAAGAAGCUGCUGCUGAACAUGAUCGUGGUGCUGUCGAGAGAUCUGGCUGCGCUGCAGUUGUUCAGAGAGGGCCGUGUGAUGCUGGCUCUGAUGCUGCUGGUGAAGCCGAGCUCGUCUGCGGAGCGCAGCCGCAGACACAGACACAGAUGGAGCUCCAGACAGCAGGAGGAGCUGCAGCUGCAGGCUCUGUCCACACUGAGCGCUCUCGCUCCGCUGAUGCUGGACGAGUACAUGAGCUGUCAGGCCAACACCUGUCUGCUGCUGCUGCUGGACUGCUGCCUGCAGGAUGGUACAACACUCACCGUGCACUUCAUUCACCCGCACACUGAUUAG